GUGCCAGCAGCUGGUUGUGUCUGCAGCUCCCCUUUAGCUAGAGCCGCCCAGCGAGUGACAGUUCCGGGCGGGGUAACGCAGUGUGUGUCCGUCACUCAUUAGCUUCAGGGGAACUUGUUAUGAACAUGGAUUUUAACGUGAAGAAGUUUGCGGCGGACGCCGGUACUUUCCUGAGCCGAGCAGUGCAGUUUACUGAGGAAAAGCUGGGGCAGGCAGAGAAGACCGAGCUGGAUGCUCACCUAGAGAAUCUGAUCGCUAAAGCAGAAAGCACAAAACUAUGGACAGAGAAAAUCCUCAAACAAACAGAGGUGCUGUUACAGCCAAAUCCAAAUGUCAGGAUUGAAGAAUUUGUUUAUGAGAAGCUUGACAGGAAAGUACCAAGUCGUAUGAAUAAUCAAGAGCAGUUGGGUCACUUCAUGAUUGAUGCUGGGAAUGAAUUUGGCCCUGGAACAGCAUAUGGAAACGCUCUCAUUAAAUGUGGGGAGACGCAGAGAAGAAUAGGAGGUGCACACAAGGAACUUGUACAAACCGGCGCUAUAAAUUUCCUCACUCCCCUGAGGAAUUUUAUUGAAGGAGAUUAUAAAACCAUGACUAAAGAGAGAAAACUUCUUCAGAAUAAGAGGCUGGAUCUGGAUGCAGCAAAAACCCGAAUGAAAAAAGCCAAAGUUACAGAAGCCAGAGCCGCAUCUGAACAGGAACUCCGAAUUACACAGAGUGAAUUUGACCGCCAGGCAGAGAUUACAAGACUUUUGCUGGAAGGCAUCAGCAGUACACACGCACAUCAACUUCGCUGUCUGAAUGAUUUUGUAGAAGCUCAGAUGACCUAUUUCGCACAGUGUUAUCAGUAUAUGCUGGAUCUUCAAAAACAGCUUGGCAGUUUCCCAUCAACGUUUGCAUCCAACAACAAUCAGUCAUCUUUAACGCCCAUGCAAAAUGUCUCUCUUCCGUCAGUUUCUGCCUCUGCACCAUUACCUGCUGCAACUAAUUCUGUAGUUACUUCUGGCUUCACUGAGCUGAAAGCCUCACAUGGCAACAGAAAGGCCCGAGUCCUGUAUGAUUAUGAUGCCGCAAACAGCACUGAAUUAUCACUUCUUGCAGAUGAGGUAAUAACAGUAUACAGCAUUCCUGGAAUGGAUUCUGAUUGGCUGAUGGGUGAAAGAGGAAAUCAAAAAGGCAAAGUGCCAAUUACAUAUCUAGAGCUGUUAAACUAAGUGACUUUUUUUCCCUAAGUGCCGAUAUUCAUAAAAAAAUAUAUAUUUAUAUGCAAUUAACCAGAAUUGAGUCUUCCGUAUUACGUGUCUUAAAUGAAUUCAGCCAUUAAAUACUGGCCAGCGAUUGUACUGCCAUUUCUUCUGCAUGGAAAACACUUUUGUGAAAUAACCUUUUUUGUUAGGAUCUUUUACUUUGUAUACAAUUAAUGUUUUCUAAAUUCUCUUUCUUACUGACCUCUUUUUAUAAUUAACCAACUUUUUCCGCGGAUUACUCUGGUUUGGAUACAAAGGCGCGAUUUUCUACUCCGUUUGUGUGUUAAAUGGUAACCAGCUUAUUUUUCCCUUUAUGUAAAAUAAAUGUCUUUCUGUGCCAAACUA